AUGGAGUACUCGCGAACAAUAUUUAGCUGUAGUAAUUUCUGGCUAGCUUUGCUCAUGGUACUGAGCAUCUGGGCCUCUCAGGCUGCAGCAUCACGCGGCCUGAACGAAAUGUCGAUGGCCGAGAGGCACGAGCAGUGGAUGUCGAAGCACGGUCGUGUUUACAAGGAUGCAGCAGAGAAGGCUCGUCGAUUCGAGAUAUUCAAGGCCAACAUGGAUCUUGUCGAAUCGUUCAACUCCAAGAAUAACAACAAGUUCAGGUUGGGCGCCAACCAGUUUGCUGAUCUGACCAACGAUGAGUUCAGAGCUCGCAACGGGUUUAAGCCCCGCUGGUCGAAGGGUGCAGCCAGGAGUACUUUCAGGUACGAGAACGUUACGGCCGUGCCGACCUCUAUGGAUUGGAGGAAAAAGGGCGCGGUUACUCCCGUAAAGGAUCAAGGCCAAUGCGACACGUACUCCGCUUCGGUUUUCACGGGGGAGUACGGGACCGACCUCGAUCAUGGAGUGACGACCGUGGGGUACGGCACAGCGAGCGAUGGGACCAAGUAUUGGCUGGUGAAGAACUCGUGGGGAUCGUCGUGGGGGGAGAAGGGGUAUAUCAGGAUGGAGAGGGAUGUUGAUGCUGAUGAAGGGCUCUGCGGCAUUGCUAUGCAGGCCUCAUACCCAACGCAUGCUUAA